AUGGAUGUUGCUGGGCGUGAUGUUACCCGAUGGUUACGACUGUUGUUGCGUAAAGAGGGCACCGACCUUCACAGAACUAGCGAAUUUGAAAUCGUUCGUGAAAUCAAGGAAAAGGCUUGUUACCUGGCAACGAAUGUCGUUAAGGAGGAAGCCAAUGAGAGCGACAAGCUUAUAUAUCCCUUACCGGAUGGGUCUCGCCUCGAGAUAGGAGCUAGCAGAUUCCGUGCUCCAGAGGUCCUAUUCCGACCGGAGUUGAUUGGAGAGGAAUGGCCGGGAAUUCCUCAGCUUGUGAACGACUCUAUCAAGAAAUGUGAUAUGGAUGUGCGAAAAACACUUUACGGAAGCAUAAUUUUGAGCGGUGGAUCCACGUUAUUACAAGGGUUUGGAGAUCGACUCCUUUCUGAGAUGAGGAAAAUUUCUCCGCAGGAUUUGAAAGUGAGGAUCACUGCACCACAGGAGCGUCUCUACUCCACAUGGAUUGGUGGAUCAAUUUUGGCUAGUCUGGAUACAUUCCGAAAACUAUGGGUCAGUAAGAAGGAAUAUGAGGACGAAGGCAAGAAAAUUCUCCAUAGAAAAUUCUUUUGA